GCUGCGUGCGGCGCGGGAGCUGGCGGCCGCCCCAUGGAGUGUUACUACAUUGUCAUCAGCUCCGCGCAUCUCAGCAACGGACACUUUCGCAACGUCAAGGGAGUUUUCCGGGGCCCUCUGAGCAAGAACGGGAACAGAACUCUGGAUUAUGCUGAGAAAGAGAAUACCAUAGCGAAAGCUCUAGAAGACCUCAAGGCCAAUUUCUACUGUGAACUAUGUGACAAGCAAUAUUAUAAGCAUCAGGAGUUUGACAAUCACAUUAAUUCCUAUGACCAUGCACACAAGCAGAGACUCAAAGAACUGAAACAAAGAGAAUUUGCUAGGAAUGUAGCAUCUAAAUCCAGGAAGGAUGAAAGAAAACAGGAAAAAGCUCUCCAACGUCUGCACAAGCUGGCUGAGCUAAGAAAAGAAACUGUAUGUGCUCCUGGAAGCGGCCCCAUGUUCAAGUCAACAACUGUUACUGUGCGAGAAAAUUGUGAUGAAACUUCCCAAAGAGUUGUUGAGGAUUCAGUUAACAAUAAAGAUGAGUUCAAAAACACCUUGCAUCAUAGUGAAGAGAAUACUAAGGAUAUUACCCCAGUUGCUACAGAUUCAGAAAGUGCGAGUCAUCAUACAACCCAAAAUAACCAACUUGGGGAUCAAGGCCCAGGAAUUCACAGACACAAAAUUGGCUUUUCUUUUGCAUUUCCAAAGAAGGCAGCAGUGAAACUGGAGUCCUCAGCAGCUGCCUUCUCUGAAAAUAAUGAUGAGGGCUCUGUGGGUAAAGGAUUUAGUAGAAAAAGUAGAUUUGUCCCUGGAGCUUGUCAUCUUCAACUACCUUCGCCAACAGAUGUGCUUUUGAGUUCUGAGGAUAAAGUAAACUCUUUUCAGUCUCCAGAGGGAAUGUGUACUGACAAAGAAGCUACUCAAACUCAAGAGAUUAAAGAUAAUUCCACUGAAAAUAAUAUAUUACUAUUACCUUCAUUUUCCCAGUAUCAGCUCCCUUUAUUUUCUGUUGCAGAUAAUUGCACAAACAUAGUCCCACUGGAGGAUCAAAUACCAGUAGAGAAUAUCAUUAUUAAUGAAAACAUACCUAUGAAUGACAAUAGUUGCGAAUUGUUAGGGAAUAAACCCGUUGCUAUUGAGAUGUCUACAGACUGUGUAUCUUUGGAAGUCUCCACCAAGGAAAACGUUAAAGACAAUGAUGCAGCCACAAUUGAAGUUGAAAUACAAAAUAAUGACCAUGAAAUGUUGCUCACUUCAAAUAUCGAAGAGGUUAAAAUGACCACACAUCAGAAAACAGAUGUACCUAAAAGACCAGAUGAACCAUUUGUACCUGUACUUAACAAAGAUGGUACCACAGUUCUUCAGUGGCCAUCAGAAAUGCUAAUAUACACAGUUUCUCAACCAUCAAUUUCCUAUAGUUGUAAUCCUCUCUGUUUUGACUUCAAAUCUACUAAAGUAAGCAACAAUAUGUAUAAAAAUAAGAUGUACUCAAAUGAUCUUUCUUCUCAGCAGGAAAAAGAAAACAUUACUAAGAGAACAAUUUCAGAUUGCAAGGAUGUCUCUAUUGCAGAAGUUCCUGACUCUGAAAUUGGAGAUGACAGAGGGGAAGAUAGCAAAGUAUCUUCUCCUUCAGUAGAUGAUAAUGUCUCCAACAGUUGUGAUUCUGAAAAAAAUGAAAAUAUGGAUCAAAGGUAUAAAAAUAUCUCCUGUAAAAUCAGAAAAGAAAGUAGAUAUAAUUUUACUAAAAAUCAAAUUAAACAGGACACUCCCAGUGAGAAAUACAACAAAAUAAGGUUGAAAGACACCCAUGCACAUUGGUUCCAUAAAAGUAAAAGAAAGAAAAGAAGAAGAAAAGUUUGUCAUCAGCAUCUUGGGGAUAAAAUCAAAGAAUCAGAACCUUCCUUCAACACGGAAGUGGAAAAUAGUUGUACCGAUGCAACAAGGAAAAAGCUACUGGAAAUUUUUUCAGAAAGGCAAAAUUUAGCUACAGAACAAUUAUUAGGCUCACACCAGUUACUUAAUAAAAAACUUGAAUCAGCAUCCAUAUAUGUAACUGAAAAUGAGGAAACAUGUAAGAGCUGGAACACUGAAUAUAAUAGUAACGAUGCCAUCAAUUAUAAAAAUAACUGUAAAAAUAGCUCAUCUGUUUUAAAUGAACAAUCCAAUUCAACAAUGAUACAAUCUGGAAAACAUAAUUUAACAUACUCCAGAACUUACUAUAGUUGGAAAGCCAAAGUAUCCAGCUGUAGUCCAGUUCACAAAUGUUUAGUUCUUCAAAAUGAUAUGAAACACAUGAGUCAGAAUCAGGCUGUUAAAAGAGGUUACAAUUCUCUCAUUAGUGAAUCUGAACGAUUUCAUCGAAAACGCAGACAACACUCAUAUUCUUAUUCUUCAGAGGAAAGUUUAAAUCAGCAGAAUAACUUUCCAGACGAUUGUUUGGGAUCACCACAUGCUUCAGUAGCUCCUUGUAAGCCAAAAAGAAAACGGAAGAGAAAAAGAAGCAGGUUGCACACCAAAUUCGAAGUGUCAGAAUGUAAAGAGAAUGCAGAUCAUUCCAUGAAAGGCAAUUCUCCCUUAUGUCAACAACCUGAGUUAAUAAAUGAAGUCAAAAAUGAUGACAUAAAGCCACAAGAAAUUUCACGUCUUGAAGGGAACUCAGAGCAAACAGAUCAAGUAGAGCAUGAACUGGCUUUGCACACUAGAAGUCUCCUUGCUGCUGAGACCAACCUCGAAACUGAACUGAUAGUUAAAGAGUCUAAUUCUGGUCAAUCGCCAGAGAUUUCCGCAGUUAGUGCCUCCACAAAAGAAAAAAAUGACGCCUUGCUUGACCACCAAGAAAGACGUGAGAAUAUAAAUAUUAAUGAAAAGCAAAUUCAUGUCAAGAUGCCUAAUACUGAGAGGAAUUUGAGACAGUCACCACCUAAAUCAUACCUUGGUCAUUAUGAACUGGCUGAGGCCCUCCCCCAAGGAAAGAUGAAUGAGGCCUCCCCCCCAGAGCGGCUGCGUUUCAAUUCGGGUGUUCUGAACACACAACCCCCGUUAUCCUUUAAAGAAGCACACGUCAGCGCUCAUACCUUUGUAACAGCCGAGCAAAUUCUGACUCCACUGGCUUUGCCAGAACAAGCAUUAUUGAUUCCGAUAGAAAACCAUGACAAAUUAAAAGGCCUCCCAUGUGAAGUCUACCAGCACAUCAUCCCACCCCACAUGCUGGCCAACAAGGCCAAAUUCACUUUUCCUCCAGCGGCCCUCCCACCCCCCAGCACACCUCUGCAGCCUCUGCCUUUGCAGCAGCCCUUAUGUUCUACCUCUGUAACCACCCUGCACCACACCGUUCUGCAUCAGCACGCGGCCGCUGCAGCUGCAGCUGCAGCAGCUGCAGCUGCAGGAACCUUUAAAGUGCUUCAGCCCCAUCAACAGUUUCUGUCCCAAGUUCCAGCCCUCACCAGAACGUCAUUACCUCAAAUCUCAAUCGGACCCAUGGGAGCCAGGCUUUGCCCUGGGAAUCAGCCGACUUUGGUGGCCUCUCCUCCGAUGCCCAUCAUUCCAGCUUCAGUUCUCCAUCCCAGCCACCUGACCUUCACGCCUUUGCCCCAUGCUCUCUUUCCUUCGCUGCUUUCCCCACACCCUACUGUCAUUCCUCUGCAACCCCUCUUCUAGUCAUCACCACUCGAAAGAAAGACAUAUGCACAUGAAGACUACUGCUAUGUUCACAAACGUUCAUUCACGUGGAUAAUUUUCUAUUUCAGUGGUGGAAAUAAGCAGAUCGGAGAAUGGCAUCAUUGAUAUGAAAUCAUUUACCCUAAGUGUAAUGAUGCAAAUAAACUCUUAAGUUUCAUAUAUAUAGAAAGAUAAGGCACUGAAUAGUUUGAAAAUAAAUAUAUGCUGUAUAUUAACAUGAUGUCUUAAAAGUAUGUAUAUUGUACAUAAAAUAUAUUUAUAGUACUGUAACUUAUGUUGUAAAGUAUGCUAUUUGUUUUUUUAAUUUGUGUAUUUGCACCUAUUUAAUGUUUAGAAAAAGCUAAUGGCACUAUGUUUUGUACCAUGUUCCUUGAAACUGUAAAUUCAGUGCAAACAUAUCUUGCAAUAAAUUUUUGUUAAAUAUUUAAGUAAAACAAACUUUUGUUCUUAAUUGG